UGUUCUGAGGGACGAACUGGCGGGAAGAUUUUGUGCAAGAAUGAAAACGUUCUCACUCUGCAAAUUUCUCAUUCACAUGGACAUUCUCUGCAUCUUCAUCUCCUUCUUCCUCUCACUGUCUGCAAUCGCGCAGCCACCGCCUCCGGCAGUGCCAACGCCGCCGCCGCCGCAGCAGCUCCGCAACAUUAUCGACGCCCUGAUCGGGGCCGGCGACUUCACCAGUUGGGUGACCAUCCUCUCUUUGGCCAACCCAUUGAUGCUCCCGAUGAGCGCCACCCUCUUUGUCCCUCAAGACGGCAGCGAUCUCAUCUCCGAUAACCACCCAGCCAUGGACCCGCUUCUCUUCCCUUACCAUAUCGUCCCCCAGCGACUCUCUUUCUCCGAUCUUCUCCUCUUCAAGCCCAACACUCGCCUUCCCACUCUCCUCCCCGCCAUGUCCAUUGUCAUCAACAACAAUUCUCACUUCAAUUUCACUCUCGACAACAUUCCGAUCACUCACCCAAACCUCUACAGCACUGAUUCCAUCGCCGUCCAUGGAGUGGCUGGUGUUCUUGAUUACUCUGUUUUCGGUUACUCCUUCCCUCUCCUGCCACCUCCGACCACGGAAACUACAUCAGCUAACCCGAUGCCGGAGGUCCUCACACCACCGCCACCAUCACUGGAGGGAAUCUUGACGCCGCCGUUUAUGCCAAUCGGAGAUCCUUCGGAAGCAGCAUGCUCGUGCACCGAAGCACCCAUUGUUUUCUUGAAUUUUUGUUGGGUUCUGGUGUUCAAGAUGCAGAGAAUCCCUUUCAUUCGUUGAUAAUUGAGGCUCUGUUUGAUCAAGAAGUGAAAGAAUUAUCGCUCUUAAUUUCUGGAAUCACUCAAUUUUGAGGUACGAUCUUUCGUGCAAUUGAUAAGAUCCUUUCAUCACAUUGUAAGUGUAUAGGUUUUAGAGAGUUCCGUGAUUUGUGAUACCACUGUUACAUUGCAAUUGAACAUAAUGAAAUUGUCUCUGUACACUGUACUGAGUUCUUUCUUGUUUCCCAUUUGGUGGGGGGAAAAAAAUACAAGUACA